AGCAGCUGUGUCAGGAGUCAGGAGCGGAUCCCCUCUAGUGACACUCAGCCCGCAACAGCCUGUGAUCGAACCGGGACGUUUAAACUCUUUUUAACGGGACAUACCCUAAGAUUUCCUUUGGACGGAGGCUGAGACAUAAUUGAUCUGAGUUUUACAGAUGAGAAGAGACGACAUGCUCUGCCUGCGUGACUCAGGCGACUGCUUACGGGAGCAGAUGCAGUACAUGAUGAGGUCACUGCAAGACCUGAAACAACUACGAAAAACCUGCCCUGCAGCCAGACGCCCCCUCAGCACCCAACUCCCAGCACUAGUGCGGCACUCUGCAGUGGCACGCGCCUGUCAGCAGCGAGCACUGCAGCGAGAGCAGCGCACACGCCUGCGGAUGUCUGAUGCCAGCACGGCCAGUACGUACGACUCGGCCUGCUGCCUGGCGAGUCCUCUGGAGGAGGAGGACGAGGAGGACUCCAGCAGCCAGCUGGGCCUGAGCCUGAGACUGGGUUCUCCCAGCAGUCAAAAAAGUUUGGAGUUUGAUUCAGGCUACUCUGAGGCAUCGUGGCAGGACGAAAGAGUCGUCCUCAGGAGGACAAGGAAUGUGCGGGUGUCCUCUUCAGCCUGCCUCCGCACAAACAGAGCACCGAGUGGACGCAUUCGACCCAAAUCAACGUCAGAUGCCUGUCUGGAGAGGUGGACAUCGUUUGAGGUCGACCCAGAGGACUGGACGAACUCUUUAUUGACCAGAGGACGCAACCGCCAACCUCUGGUCCUGGGUGACAACAGCUUUGCAGACCUCAUACAGAACUGGAUGGACUUGCCAGAUUGUCCGGCUGAGCCCACAGAGCUGAAGAAGACAAAUUCAAGAAGCAGACUGGGCAGGGGAUUCUUUGUCAACAUGAGGAGGAAACUGUCCGGGUUUUCUAAGAGUGUCGAGGACAGAGUGAGGAUGAGAUCCACAGACUCUGCUCACGUUAACAGAACUGUAAACGCUCCAAAACGUCUGUCCUGUCCCGUCAUCGCAUCGCAGCCCAAAGUCCCCUUUUUCCACCAGUCUCACACAGGCAUUAAUGAGAUGGACUCAGACUUUUACCACUUUGCAGCCCUCCUGAAGUCACGCAGCCGACAGCCCAUAAUAUGCAAAGACAUCAUCGGCUACGUCUGACAGUCAUGUAAAGCCAUGCACAGACAAUCAUCAAGGUCACUUUAUUUUUUAUACGACUGUUUUUUUUAUACUGUGACUAAGCUAAAACAAAAAUAAAGAUGUUCUCUAAAUACUCUGAUUAAUAUUUGUCGUGUCUUACAUGUGAUACAAGAUGUGUUCUCGGUUAAUAUAAU